AUGAUUUCUGGACAACGCAUGAGUGAUAAAAUGCAGCAUGGAAAUCAACUUCACUCCACAGUACAUUACAUGGAAUCUCAUGACUAUGAAGAUCCAUGGGAAUGUCAAUGGAACAUUCAGUCUCAUGAUGUAGAAAAAGAGUUCUGCGGUCUCGAGAAGGAAGAAAAAGCUAAUACAAGUACUGGAAAAGUACUGGAAAACUUCAACAACUCUAUUGCCAGGCGGAAUGUUGGUUAUGUUGUUCGACUUCCCUUUAAGGAAGAUCAUGAAUAUCUUCCAGACAAUAAAAUAUUAGCGCUCCACCGACUGCGAAGCGUGCUUCGCAAAUAUCAACAAGAGCCACAUAUUCUUCAGCAAUAUCAUAGCAUCUUUCAAGAUCAAGCUGCUGAAAAUAUCCUCGAAGAAGUGGACGAGAACAAGGACACAGAAAGGCUCCGAGAUUCUUUACCCUUUCUAGUUCGACAAGCAGAGGAUCAAGAGCUCACGGCUACUUACAUACUCGAAGCACAUAGCAUACUCGUCAGAAAUCACCAGAAGGUACACCUCAAUUCUCAGUACAAGAAGCUGUUGUCAAAAAACCUGAACCUGAAAGAGGAGGAAAACCACGUGUUUAGAGCAUACGGACGUCUUAAUAAAUCCAGUUUAAACAUUAUGGCAAAAAAUCCCAUUCUUAUCGUUCCGAAUACGGAGCUGUGUCGUCUUAUUAUUCUUGAAACGCAUGGACCGUAUCACAACAGUACAGGACGAACAAUAGUAGAAGUUCGACAACAGUACUGGAUUCCACGGCUCCGAGAACAAGUGAAGAAAUGCAUGCGGUCUUGUGUACUCUGUCAAAAAAUGAAUAAUCUGCUAUGUAGAUACCUAGAAAUGGCCGAUCUUUCAUCAAGGAGAGUAACAAAAAGACGCCCGUUUGAAAAUAUAGGACUCGACCACUUCGGCCCUAUAACCGUCCAUGAUGGUCAUAAGGAAACAUGUUGUGUAACUCGCCUCAUCCAUUUGGAGAUCGUAUCCGACGGGACCACUGAGAAGUUUCUCAAUGCAUUUCGUCGAUUCGUAGCUCGUAGAGGAAAACCACACCUAGUUACCUGUGAAAAUGCACCAACCUUUAUAUUGGGAAGUCAAAUCUUGAACGAUUCUCUAACCGAUAUUUCAACCAAUGAAGAAAUAGCAAUCGGAAGACGCAUUUUAACAAUAGAUCAGCUACACAAGUUUCUCGUAGAAAUCGAAGGAUGUCUUAACUCUCUUCGAGAGCAACAUCGCCGAACUAUUGACGGUAAACGAGGAAACGCUAAUGAAGUCCGGGAAGGUGAAAUAGUUCUUUUAACGGACGCUCUACAAAAAAGGAAUCACUGGAAAUUAGCGCGCAUCUCCAAACUAGUACCAAGCGUCGACGGAACAGUGAGAGAAGCAGAAGUGCAGUGUAACAAAAAGACACUUCGGCGCCCUAUCAACCAGCUCAUUCCUCUAGAAAUUCAAGGAAAUGAAAGAGAGUCCCAAGAGAGCGCAAUUUCAGAAGCUCAACAAUUACAAUCUCCACCUUCUAAUAGUCGAUGUAAUCUACGCCCAAGAAAGACGAAACCUCGCUAUACAGAAGAACAACGUCAGCACGACGGUAAUAUCUACGGGUUUACCACAAAAACACCGACAACGUGGCCUACAACACUAUACCUAAAGAUGGCCCUCACCUUGGUUGUCACCUCGUUUGUCAAGGGAAAACACCUGCCAAUCAAGAAGCCAACAACGACUCAGAAUUAUCCACACCCAAACUAUGCCAUAGAAUGCAAAGAACAAGGGUUAUACCUUCAUGCCCUACAGGCAGAAGAAUAUGAAUUAUGUGUUAACAAUUAUUGCGUAAAGGAGAAGUCACCUCCACUACAUAAACUCUUACGCUUACCACCAGAAGAUGUACUUCACGAUUUUGAAGUAAACUGGAAAAUACGCAUAGGAGAUAGUUACAGUACCGUCGAAACGGCUUGUUCAGCACUACCUUUCUGCUCAGCAAUAGACUGUACUAUUAAAAUGGCAUCAAAUAGCACCGACGACAUGUUCACGAAGAAAAGAAAGACUGAGGAACGAAAACUGAUUGAGGAAAUCCGCUACAAACGCUCAUGUAUCAAACUGCCCUCAACGUUUCCAGCUGAAGAAGAAAUUCAGAAGAAAAUCCGUACUUUUCUAAAAGUUAAUGUAAUGCUAACUCGCUCUAAUAAUCUGUCUGAUAUGUUCACUAAACCCGGGGCAAAAGACCUCAACACUUCGCGAGGGUAG